UGCAGAUAGUGUUGUUUCAUGUGGUCUUGUCAGAAAUGGCUUAAAUUAAUACAUCACCGGCUUAGCACCGCCUUCAUACUGAUCAGCAGGUAGAACAUAUUAUGAUGUUAUUUUUCGCUUUUUAGUUUAGUGGGUACGUUUUUAGAUUUUGAAGUCGGUUGUAUUUUUUUAUUAAAAUUUUUCCACAUCGCUUGAAUAGAGCCCUUUUCAUGUAAGUUGUCCCCCAGACGCGGCGCUAAUUGUCAUUUGGUAAUGGUGGUCAUUUAUUAUACGGGCGCUGCCAAUUUUAGUUCAGGUUUUAGCCGCGGGACUUCUUUCAUGAAAAGGACCACACACUACAGAGCAACAUCCAAUUAUCAUAACCAACGAGUCGUAUAAUAUGGGGAAUCUUUACCUUACUAAUUUUAAUAAACACUUUCUUUAAUCUUUACUAAUUUGUAGUAAUCUGUGGAGUAAAGUAAUUGGUGGAGUUGUGGGCUGUUAUGUGUCUAACUUCAUUUGUCGUCUGUGGUGUCAAAUGUCAACUGUGGUCUGUUGGAGUUGGUUAGUCUGUGUGUGGCAAAAACCAAGAAAAUAAAAAUAAUAUCCAAAAAAAUCAAAUAAACAUUUGGUGGGGUCAUUAAUAUAUAUUUUAAUAGUUAAUUAUUACACAUAGCAUUAUUUUGAAUUUUUUUCGGGCCUGUGAUUGUAAAUGUGUAAUAAUUAUCAAUUUAUCAGUAUUACUAAAUAAAUCGAACCGGCAACGAGAGGACACCUUUAUUUAGCCAUCCCCAGAUUUUGAUAUAGAUUCUAAAACCCAUAGGGCCUGUACUCGGCGUUUUUUCCUCUCAAAAAGUUUGCUAUAAUCUGAUAAUAUGUCUGAAGCUGAAAUUACCACAAACACUGGUGAUUCACCAAACGACCUCGUUGAGAACGGGCUCAAUAAGUUAGUAGUGAAAUGCAAAUACUGUGGAUCUAAAAUAUUGGACAAAAAGUUGGGAAAAUACAUCUUGCAAGAGAAAGAGCUACCACUGAUGCAGCAGGACACUAGAAAGGAAGGAGAAAUACAGAAUGAAAAAGUCAACCAAUUCUAUCAUGUGGAAAACAUGUUCACUUUUGACAAUAUAGGUUUUACACACACAGUAGACUGUUACAAAUAUCUCAGCUGUGCGGAUUGUGAUGCAGGGCCUGUUGGAUAUUAUGAUAUGAACAGCAAACAUAGUUAUGUUGCAUUGUCUAGGAUAGAACAUGCUUAGAAUUAAGAAGCUGCUUCACAGAAUAACUGAUAUCAGCUAUAUAUCAUUAUUGGCCAUCAAUCUCCUAUUAAAAAGUGGAUGCACAAUCAGCGACCAAAAAAUAUCCCCGACUCAAUUAGUGCCAAACACAACUUCUUGACACUCAAUUCAAGUGAUUGCAUUUGCAAAUUCAACUAUAAACUCGAUCCUUAAGGUCGAAUUUGCUCUGAAUUUAGGAUUUUAUUGAAUAUUGGACUAUAUUUUAUAUAGAUAUAAUUUUCUUUUCCAAUAAUUCUAAUACUGUCAAAGCAACAUUGGCCAGUUUUAAGUGAAAUUUUCUACAUGAUUGUGCAUCCUUUUAUUAUUAGAGGUCAAUGUUGUUGGCAAAUUUUUGUUUUAUCUUUUAUACGUUUAUGUUUAAUUAUAACUUGGCAUUUGAUUGCUAUAUGUCCUGAUGUGCUGUUUUCUUUGUAAAAAGCAAUUAAGGUGGUUGCAUUUUCAAGGGAAUCUCAACUCUUAGUCAUGUUACAUCACUUGACAUUAUAAUGUUGAAAACUUGUUAAUUACCCACAGCUAAGGCCUACCCUAGACCAGACCAAGUCAAUUUAGGAAUUGUAAUCUCUUAAAUUAGAUACCAAUACAUAACUGGGCCUGAUAACUAGAAAUGGUUUAAAAAAGUCAAAAGAUCAAAAGUUUGCAUGCCUGUCGUGAUUUUUGUACACAAGUGUGUGUGUGUGUGUGCCUAUUCUUUCUCAUAGUCUAAAAUCUGUAUUAGAAACGACCUUCACCCAUCAGUUUAAUGGAUGAAAAUGUUUUAUAUCACCUAACUAUUCACAAUAUAUUUUUAAACAUCCUUAUUUUGAUAUGAAACAUUUCAUCCAUUAAGCAGAUGGGUGAAGGUCAUUUCUAAUCUGCUACUAUCAUAGUCCAGAUAGCUGACUGACUUAUCAGGCACAGGACUAAUAGCUUUAAUGCUCUCUGAGCCACAAACCUCAGUUCUUAGGAGACUAUCUAUAGCACAACUAGCUAACCACCAGAACACUGAAAUAGAAACAUUUAUGUACUAGAGACAGUCAGAAUGGUAUAUUAUAUUGAUUUAAAAGAGUGACCAUAGUUCAUAUUAAUAGAGUAAGUGAUCGUUUAUAUUGUUCCAAUCAGAAUUUGUGGGCUUAGUAAUAUGUUGUUCUUAACUGAAAAUCACAGCCUUAUAAUAUUUUUUCUGUUAUCAUAUUUUUUUUCUCUUAAUCACUGUUUAAAAUUAAGUUGUAUUGCAUUGUAUGACCAAGAUGUGAUCCAGCAGUAUGUACUUGAUUUUAAGAUUUUGCACUGUGGUAGUACAGGUACUACAAAUUAUUUAAUUAAAACUCAAUGUCUCUGUGUUAAGGGGUAUCUAAUGAAAUAAUAUAUUAUUUCUUAAAUUACCUUACAGUAAAGGUAUAUACAUAAUAAUGACAUUCCAACAUUAUUUUAAUCUGAAAAACUACAGUAAGUAAGUUGUCAUUUUAUAAAAGAAAAUGCUUACAUGGUCAUGAGCAGUAUUUUCGGAAUUGUCUAUAGCUUUUUAAAACUUUUUAGUUGUAAAGUCAGUAGUAAUAAUAAUUAAAUGAACAAUGUUGUAUUUGUAUGUAUGCUAUAUUUUAAAAACAUUCUAAAAGAAUGUAUUUUUAUUUUUGAAAAUAAAUAUUUUUUUCUGUA